AUGGAAUUCGUUAAAGAUUUAAAAACACCAGAAGAUUAUAUCAACAACGAAUUAAAAUAUGGAGCUCAUAAUUAUGACCCCAUUCCAGUUGUAUUAAAGAAAGCUAAGGGUGUAUUUGUUUAUGACGUUAAUGAUAAGAGAUACUACGACUUUUUAUCUGCUUACUCAUCAGUCAACCAAGGACACUGUCACCCAAAUAUAUUAAAUGCCAUGAUUAAUCAAGCUAAGGAUUUAACCAUAUGUAGCAGAGCCUUUUUUAGUGUAUCUUUAGGAAUCUGUGAAAGGUAUCUUACAAACUUACUUGGUUAUGACAAAGUAUUAAUGAUGAACACAGGAGCAGAAGCCAAUGAAACUGCAUAUAAAUUAUGUAGAAAAUGGGGUUAUGAAGUUAAAAAAAUUCCAGAAAAUAUGGCUAAAAUUGUUGUAUGCAAAAAUAACUUUUCAGGAAGAACUUUAGGUUGUAUAUCUGCAUCUACUACUAACAAAUGUACAUCUAAUUUCGGACCAUUUGCUCCACAAUUUUCCAAAGUUGCUUAUAAUGAUUUAGAAGCUUUAGAAGAAGAAUUAAAAGACCCCAAUGUCUGUGCAUUUAUUGUUGAACCAGUUCAAGGAGAAGCCGGUGUUAUUGUACCAUCAGAUGACUACCUCCCAGGUGUAUAUAAGUUAUGUAAAAAAUACAACGUUUUGUUUGUUGCUGAUGAGGUUCAAACUGGAUUAGGUAGAACUGGAAAAUUAUUAUGUGUGCACCAUUACAAUGUUAAACCAGAUGUAGUUUUAAUGGGUAAAGCAUUAUCAGGAGGACACUAUCCUAUAUCUGCUGUUUUGGCUGAUGAUAAUGUUAUGCUUGUUAUCAAACCAGGAGAACAUGGUUCUACAUAUGGUGGUAACCCAUUAGCUGCAUCUAUCUGUGUCGAAGCAUUAAACGUAUUAAUUAAUGAAAAAUUAUGCGAAAAUGCUGAAAAAUUAGGUGGCCCAUUUUUAGAAGGUUUAAAAGAAAAAUUAAAAGAUAGUAAAAUUGUUAGAGAUAUAAGAGGUAAAGGUUUAUUAUGUGCUAUUGAAUUCAAAAAUGAAUUAGUUAGUGUUUUAGAUAUCUGCUUGAAAUUAAAAGAAAACGGUUUAAUUACAAGAGAUGUCCAUGACAAAACAAUCCGUUUAACCCCACCUCUAUGUAUCACAAAAGAACAAUUAGAUGAGUGCACAGAAAUAAUUGUUAAAACUAUUAAAUUCUUUGAUGAGAAAUUUUAA